AUUUAAGUCAAAAUAGCAAGUUGGAAUUAUUAAGCAUAAGUGAUAAUUAUUUUCCUCCACAAGAUUUGUCUUUUUUGAGUCAUUUAGUUAAUUUGAAGACUUUAGGAGUAGGUAAUGGUAAUAAAAAAAGAAUCGAAGAAGGUAUCUAUAAUCACUUUUUUGGUUCCUUGAAACCUUUACAAAACAUGACUAGCCUGGAAAUGCUAAGUAUCGACGACACUGACCUAGAUGAUGGACUAGAGUAUCUGCCCGAUAGUAUUAAUUUUUUUUGGUGUUCAGCAAAGUACAAAGGUGAUGCGAAGGUAAAGGCUAUUUACAAUCUUUUCACUGGCGGACUGGGAGAAAGAGUGACUGAUGAGGAAUUUGAGUUCAUAAAUAAUUUCUCCCGAAUGCUCCAAAAUUAUAAACGUGUACUAAAGGAAAGAACGCAAAAAGUAGCGGAGGAAUUGAACUUUAUAAAUAACUUGACUUCUGAUAGAGAAAACAAAGAAAAGUUAAGUUUAGAAAGUACAGAUAAAAUGGAUAGUAAAUUGCAGCGUGGCUACAAAGACUGGAAGGAUAUUCAUCCUGGUAAAGAUGCGGAUUGGAUAUUGAAUCAUGGAAAUGACAAAGAACUGAGAAAAGAGUUUCAGGAAACUUAUCAGACGCUUGAAGAGUUUAUUCGUUCGGAAGAAGAACCUGAAAAAAAAAUAAGUGUUGAUGCCCAAGAAUAUUUUGACAAGUAUUAUCCAAAAGAACAAAAGCAAAGUAUUGCUGAGCUGGAUAUCAGAAAUGAGAAUUUAGAGGGCUCCUUAAAAAUAGAAAAUUUCACUAAUCUUAGGUGCUUAGAGUGUUCGGAAAACAAAAUUACUCAAUUAGUGAUCAUCAACUGUCCUAACUUAGAAUUAGUUGAUUGUUCUUAUAACCGCCUUGUCAACUUAAAUUUCAGCAACUGCCCUAAUUUGCGACAACUCUCUUGUUACGAUAAUUUUUUAACUGAAUUAGACCUAAGUCAGUUUCCAAAAUUAGAGAAUUUGAGUAUUAGUGAUAAUAAUUUUCCUCAACAAGACUUAUCCUUUUUGUCUUCUAGUAAUUUAGUCAACUUAAAGGUAUUAGCCUUAGGAAAAUGCAUUAAUGUUAUAAAAGACAAUUCGCACAGAAUCGAAAAUGGAAUAUAUAAUCGCUUUGCCGGCUCCCUAAAGCCUUUGCAGAAUAUGCACAAUUUAGAAAAACUUGACAUUUCUAAUACUGAUAUAGAUUCUGGUCUAGAAUAUUUACCUGAUACAAAUUUCAGAAAGGAUGCUAAAGUCCAAGACAUUUAUAACAUUUUUUCUAACGAAGAAGGAAAGCAAAAUCAGUCUUUAACUCUUAAAAACUAUUUAGAGAUUUUAGUUCCUAAAAGUUCUGAAAAAAAAUUAGGGACAGAAGAUGAAGUUCACAAACUAGAUAAUCGGCUCACUAGUUUGGUUGUUAAAAAUUGUCCAAAUCUUACUUCAAUUAGUUGUGGAAGAAAUCAGUUAACCACUCUUGCUACUAAAAAUUGUCCAAAAAUCAUAAACAUAAGUGCUGAAGAUAACUAUCUUAAUAAUUUGGAUAUUUCUCAUCCUCAAAAAUUGGUUUACCUGAACCUCAGUAACAAUUACUAUUCUACUAAGCAAGACUUGGCCUUUUUCAACAGAUUUACGAAUCUGGAGAAAAUUUUGCUAGGAGGCAUUCCUUUUCGUGGUAGUCUAAAAUCUUUAAACAUAAAUAAUUUAACUAGGUUAAAAGAAAUAAAUAUUUCCGAUACCCUUAUAGAUGACGGACUAGAAUAUUUACCCGAAAGUUUAGAAAUAAUUCACUGUUGGGGUUGUCUGCGACUAGCAAGAGAACUAAAAAAUUAUCGUUUAGGAAGCCGCAUGGGAUAUAAUUACCAAGCUUGA